AUGAAGUGUGCUGCUGAAGGUUGUGAAUGGCUUGUCCACGCGUCCGUAGAAGGUAACCACGAGACGUUUAGGAUCAAGAUGAUGUAUCCCACACACACAUGUGGUGGAGGUAUUGGCACGUCCUCACAUCCCAAGGCAUCAAAAAAGUGGGUGAGUGCACGUGUUAUACAAAAGCUUAAGGACCGUCCCCUGCAUAGGGCUAUUGACAUUCAACGUGAUAUGUUGCGAGACCACGGUGUCCAUUUAUCCUAUAAACAAGCUUGGCUAGGGAAAAAGGUCGCCAAGGAUGUUCUCCAUUGGAAUGAGGUGGCUAGCUAUGAUUUAUUAAUGUGGUACGCAAAGAAGGUGUUAGUAACAAACCCUGGUAGCGUUGCUAUCGUAGAGAAUGACGGUGGCCGGUUCAAACGCGCGUUUUUUGCCUUUAAAGCAUGUGUGAUUGGUUUCAAGACAGGAUGUAGGCCAUUGUUGUACUUGGAUGGAACUCACUUGCUCGGUAAAUACGGAGGCACUUUGUUAGGUGCAAUGGGAAAGGAUGGGAAUGAUGGUUUCUUUCAUGUGGCAUUUGCAAUUGUAUAUAAUGAAACGGAUGGCAACUGGACGUGGUUUUUGUCAAAGCUUGGAGAUACUAUAUACGAUGAUGCUGGUCAUAACCGUAGAUCCUAUAAUGUGUCGAUAGAUGAUUGA